UGCUGCUGAAAAGAAAAAAAAGAACAUGACACAAAGCUAAGCUGCUAUGCUACCAAUUUCCAUGUAGCUCAUAACCUCAUUAUAUGAUCUCCUUCAACAUGGUUUCCAACAUUUCAUCUGUCAAAGAAAAUCUCUCAAAGCCAACACCGUUUGGUUUCCAGUUAUGGGUUUUGCUUAUAUUUUUCAUUUUCUUGUUAUCCAUAUUACUAAUCAUUUUCUUCUUCCUCUUUCGAUGUAUCAUCCAUCGCCGCAGAAAAAAAUCCUACGAACCCCGUUUGUGUUUCCCUUCAAUAACCAUUUCUUCGAAGGAUCAUCAUCACAAUGCUUAUAGGAGCACUUCGUCACUUGACAGGAGGCUGCUUCCUCUUAACAUUUCUGAAAUAGAGAUGAAUGCAAGGAAGUUGACAGAUCAUGGACCUGUUUUGUCAGAUCAUUUGUUCAGACAGGGCAGUAGAACAACGCACAGUAGUAUGAUAAAUGAUGUUGGAUCGAUGGGUAAGUACUCACCGGUCGUAAGGGAAGUAUGGAGGGGAAGCAGGUUUAGUCUGAAAGAGAUUGAGGUAGCAACAAAUGGCUUUGCUAAAGAAAAUUUGAUUGGAAAUGGAGAUUAUGGUAGAGUUUAUCACGGUAUUUUGUUUGAUACUACUCGUGUGGCAGUGAAGAGGAUAUUGAAUAACAGUUGCGAUGCUGAGGAGUUUAUGGCAGAAGUGAAGGGAAUAGGACACGUUAGACACAAAAAUCUGGUAAAGAUGCUUGGAUACUGUAUAGAAGGAACUUACAGGAUGCUUGUGUACGAAUACGUAGACAAUAAUAAUCUGCAUAAUUGGAUUCAUGAAUGUUCCUCACAAGUCAGUCCUCUAACAUGGGGCAUCCGAAUGAAGAUUAUUCAAGGAAUAGCAAAAGGGUUGGCCUAUCUUCAUGAAGAUGUUGAACCAAAGAUUCUCCACAGAAGCUUAAAAUCAAGCAACAUUUUGUUUGAUCGCCAAUGGAAUCCUAAGAUUUCUGAUUUUGGCCUUGCUAAACUCUUUGGUCCAGACUGGGGCCUCAUGAUAAUGGAAACAUUAGGAUACAUAGCACCAGAACAGGCAACUCCUGGUGCUUUCACCGAGAAAACAGAUGUCUUUAGCUUUGGAAUACUGAUCAUGGAGAUAAUAUCUGGAAGAAACCCAGUGGAUCAUAAUCAACCGCAGCCAUAUCUGGUUGACUGGAUGAAGUCAAUGGUUGCUAGUCAAAACAUUGCUUAUGUAGUGGAUCCAAAUAUGCCUGAAAUGCCUUCUUCAAAGGAACUCAAGCGCAUUCUUUUGAUCGCUCUUCGUUGUGUCGAUCCUGACAUGCAAAAUAGGCCUAAAAUGGGAGAAAUCAUUCACAUGCUUGAACCACGCGACUUACUGCUUGGUGAUGAUUGCCAGGUAAAGAGAGAGGAUUCUUGUUGUUCUAGCCCAGAAGAUAGUCAUAAUGCUGCAAGUUUAUGUGAGAGCCCCUUAGAUACACCAUCAGUAGAAAGCAGUACCAAUUGCUACCAGAAAUAUUACUUUUGAAAAUGGUAUUCCUUGCUUUCUUCAUCCACUUGCACCACAAGAUUUUCCUUUUUUUUUAUUUAGGCAUUUUAAUCUUACAGAGAAAACUGCCUCUAUUAUAUUAGUUUCUGCUCAUUCAUUAGAAUUUAGGUUGGUUAGCAUGUUAUUUCCAUUCGUUUGUACAUAUCCAAAUUGUUGAGGACUAAUUCAAAUUUUCAGACUUA